AUGAUGCUAUCGUGGAAAAUGGCUGCCUGUUUAGCCGCCGGAAACACGGUCGUUCACAAACCGGCUCAGGUGACACCACUUACUGCGUUGAAAUUCGCCGAACUAUCAGUUACUGGCCGGAAUCCCUCCCGGAGAGAAGUCGGACAAAUCCUUUCGGAUCAUCCAGACGUGCGAAAAAUCGGAUUCACUGGAUCAACCGAAAUCGGCGCUCAGGUUAUGGCCAGCUGCGCCAAAUCAAACGUCAAAAAAGUGUCUUUGGAACUGGGAGGUAAAUCGCCAUUAAUCGUUUUCGCCGACGCAGACCUUGACAAAGCUAUCAAGCAGACCUGCAAUGCGGUGUUCUUCAACAAGGGUGAGAACUGUAUCGCAGCUGGAAGAAUUUUCGUUGCCAACAGCAUUCAUGACGAUUUCAUGGAGAAGUUGGUGGAAGAAACGAAAAAGGUGCGCCUUAGCUUUUUC